GACUUAUUUGGACCACAAGACAUACGUGGUGCAAAAAAAGAAGACAAAAUGCAUGUGAGACGGCAUACGCGUCUACGCUACGCACGUGAAGCAGAUUUGGGCAAAUCCGAUGGGGAUGUGCCGUGCGCGUACAGCUUGCCACCCAGGCAACACGUGAAACAAAUUUUGGCGCUCGGUCGGCCGUACGUGGACUAGUGGUGGACAGAUGUUGUCCAUGGAUUGGCCCUAUAUAAUAUAGGAUACUGCACAUGCAGGGCACCCCGGACGUGUGCUUGGUAGUCUAUCGUAAAAGAAAACAUCUCCGCCACUUCCCUUGUGUCUAGUCUCUCACUUUUGUAUAAGGAGAUAUACACACACAAACCGGUCAAUAUGAAGCGGGGUAAUAGUAAUAUAGUCAAAUUAUUGACUAGUAUACUGGUGCUGGUCGUCUGGGUUUUGUUGGCUGCUAGUGUUCGAUCUGAUACAUGUUUGAAUACCGUUGAAGAAGACUCCAAAUCAGGGGCACCCAAUUACCCCGGUGUAAUAUAUACUGUCGACACUAAUAGUCCUGAUGCCUAUAGGAAGAUGAUUGCUCGCCUGCGAGAGCUGCUGACAAGGCGCGGGGAGUACCGGCAAGGAGUGCCGAUACUUCCUGAGCAAACAAGCGUGCCUGAUUCUCAGCGGUACAUCUUGCUUGAAAUCAGUGUCGCGGGCACACCAGCAGGUGUAACAUUUGCUAUCGAUGUUACCAAUGUUUACAUCGUCGGUUAUCUUGUUGGUGGUACGAGGUAUUUCUUUAUGGAAGCUCCAGCCAGGGCCGAGGAGCUGCUCUUCACAGUUGCCGCAACUCAAACUUCACCAACAAGGAGGUCAUCCAACUAUGCCAAGCUGGAACAAAAUGCAGGUGCACUGAGGAGGGCCAUCCCGCUGGGGCUGCCUAGUCUGGCUGACGCCAUAAGAAGACUUGUAACCACAAGACCAGAAGAUGCAAGGUCCCAUCUAAUAGUUAUCCAGAUGGUUUCAGAGGCCGUGAGAUAUUGGGAAAUAGAGUUGAAUGUUCUCCAAGCUGCAAACAAUGCAAAUCCUUCGUUUCUACCAGACGCCCGAAUGAUUGAUCUUGAGAACAACUGGUCAGCCCUCUCUUUGCAGAUCCAGACUAGUGAUGCAUUCGCAUUUCAAAGGCCUAUUACCAUCGGCAAUGAAGUCGCUGACAAUGUUCAGUCAACAGUCAUAAUAGGCAUGUUUUUGAUGUUGUUCAGAUGCGCUAGGCCGCGUCGAGAUCUGCAGAUGCCGAUGGACGAAGUUAGACGAGAGCGGUUGAUCGGCCCAGGUACUGAAAUAUUGCGAAGAGAUCUUGGCCUAUCCAUUGAUCCUCCUCCUGUGCAGAAGGAUGAUGACACAUGCAAGCAUUUGGCCGACUCAAGGAGUCGAAUGAUGGGCCGAGAUGGGCUUUAUGUUGAGGUGCAAGGGUUUAACUAUAGUGAUAGAAAUCCAGUUAUUCUCUUCGCAUGCAGGAGCAGUGACUUUGCGAAGCAACUUUGGAACUUCAGAACAGAUGGCCGGAUCGUAUCAUUUGGGAAGUGCUUGGCAGCAUCCGGAGCUACUCGUCGAAGCACCGUGGUGAUACAUGAAUGUGAGACCAUCCAUGAGUCCGCGGUUCGGUGGGAGAUGAGCAACUCCGGGACUCUGUCCAACAGGGCCAGCGGAUUGGUCUUGCAUGCUGCUUCUGGUUCUGGAAGGCAGCUAACGCUGCAGCGUGGCAUUAGUUCCAGCUUCCAAGCCUGGCAAAGCACUAAUAUUACUACAAUGGUGGAACAAACACUUAUGUAGAGGGAUGUCGCAAUGACUACUCCAGGCAAAAGUGGAGACUCUACCCAGAUAGUACCAUCCGACCUAUAGAGUGGCUGAAUGGAUGCCUCGAGCUUAGUACUUUCGUCGAGCACCCGAGGUAUAAUUUUAUCCAACUUGGGCAUUGCAAUAACCAUCCCGAGUACCAUCGUUGGAUCUUUACUCAGGGAUCCAUCAUGAAUUUGUAUAGCUCGUUGGUGGUUGAUGAGGACAGGGACUAUCCAGGAGAAGGAUGGCUCAAGGCAGCGCCCUUCCAAGGUGGCCUCAAUCAAAUCUGGAAGCUUGUAUUUGUAUCAUAAGUUCAUCACCAUGCAUGUACUUUAUGUUGCAUGCUAUAUGGUGGCAUGCAUGUCUCCGUAUCUUCUUCUACAUACGUAAUUGUUGGAAAUAUGCC